AUGAACAUGCAGACUGAUCCGCGAGGGAGGAGGAUGGAUCAACUCUUAUUUUCAGAAGACCUGGAGGUGUUUGACCUGAAGAAACACACUGCUUCAGAGAAGACUUUUCUGAGGUUGUUGCCAUGGGUAAAAACUUCCAACAAAUCUCUGCUGGGUGGGUGUAACCUCUCAGAGAGAAGCUGUCAAGCUUUGUCCUCGGCUCUUGACACGGAGUCAUGCAGCCUGAGAGAGCUGAACCUGAGUAACAACGACCUACAGGAUUCAGGAAUAAAGUUUCUGUCUGCUGGUCUGGCAAGUCCACACUGUAAACUGGAAACUCUCAGUCUAUCAGGGUGUCUGAUCACAGAGAAAGGCUGUUGUUCUCUGGCCUCAGCUCUGAGCUCCAACCCCUCCCAUUUGAGAGAGCUGGACCUGAGCUACAACCAUCCAGGAGCCUCAGGAACGACGGUGCUGUCAGCUGGACUGAAGGAUCCAUGCUGGAGACUGGACACUCUCAAGGUGGAGCCUGCUGGAGUCCAAUGGUUGAUACCAGGCCUGAGGAAGUAUUUCUGUGAACUCAACAUCGACACAAACACAGCGUACAGAAACCUCAAACUGUCUGAUAGAAACAGGAAGGUGACAUACAUGGAAGGCGAUAAACCGUAUCCGGAUCAUCCAGACAGAUUCGAAUGGUGCACUCAGCUGCUGUGUAGAAAUGGUCUGACUGGUCGCUGUUACUGGGAGGUGGAGUGGAGUGGAGACAUUUUUAUUUCAUUGAGUUACAGAGGAAUCGGAAGGAGAGGAUUCAGUAAAGUCUGUGUGUUUGGAUGGAAUGACCAGUCGUGGAGUUUGAACUGCUCUGAUGAUGGUUGUUAUUCUGUGUGGCACAAUGACAGAGGAACUACGAUCUCCUCCUCCUCCACCUCGGUCUCUCACAGAGUAGGGGUGUAUGUGGACUGUCCUGCUGGCACUCUGUCCUUCUACAGUGUCUCCCCUGACACUCUGAUCCACCUCCACACCUUUAACACCACAUUCACUGAAACUCUGUAUCCUGGAUUUGGAUUCUGGUCAUUUGGUUCUUCAGUGUCUCUGUGUGCAGAUGCCAGAAAAAGACAGCUGACCGAAAAACCUUCACACAGGAUUGAAGGGUUCACGAUGAUUAAAGCUUCCUGUGUUUCCAGUGUAAAAGCAGACACACAGCCUGGUUUGUCAGAGGAUAACACAAAGAUGAUCGAGUCCAGUUUCACACCUGAGGUGUACGGUGAAUCUGCACACAUCUUUUACAGUUUCAGGUGUCCUGGUCAAGGUGUGUUCCAGUGUACUCUGACUGGACUCGUGUUUGAUAUCAGUCAGCAGGCAGAGCUUCUGUACAAGACCGUCCAAUGGGAUGAGAAACUCCUUCAGCAAUCCAAUAAGAUGGCUGCAGGCCCACUGUUUAACAUUAAGAGUUCAAAGGAUGCAGUCCGUCAGCUCCACCUACCACACUGUGUACCAAAGGAUGCUCUGCUUUCCAACUGUCUGUCUGUCGUCCACAUCUCUGAUGGGGAAAUGAACGUCCUCAAGCCCCUAAAGAUCACAGACACUCAUGUGAUUGUGGAAUUUCCUCACCUCUCUUCCUUUGGACUCGUGUGGGACAUAAUAAGGAGGUUUUGGAACAAGGAGAAACCAGUUUUGGGCCAAGUUUUGUUGUUCCUCCGUCUGCCAAACCCGAAAACACAGAAGCAAAACCUCAAUGUGUUUCUCUUGCCAAGCAACAUCCCAGUGGAAGAGGUAAGGAUGAAACACAGAUAUUCUGACUACAUCCCGGUGCCUUCCAACUGUGAAUUCUUCAAAGAUUGCAUAUACACAGUUCUGUGUCCAGUCGCCUGUAGAAUCCAGCCUGAGGAGGAAAAAUUUCACCUGGAUUUUGGACCAAACUACCACCCAACAUUUGAGAUCCGCCUUCCUGCAAACACUGAAGAAGUAUCGAUAACAGUCAAGGACCAAAUGCAGACAGAUGUCUGGAGGCGGGACAUUGAUCUGAGCGAUGUUGUUCAGACCAGAGACAAUCGGUUGAGGCUGCAGAGCCUCCCACCAGACAAGCAUUUGCUCUUCAUUCGGAAGCAGUUUGUGGAUCAAGUGUCGGAUUCGAAUUUGAACCAGCUGCUGGACAGCCUGUUCCAACAGGGAAUCAUAAAUAUGGAAGAAAUGGAUUCAGCCAGAAUCAAACCCAGAGCUGACCGAGCUCGGGAUGUGAUCGAUGUGGUGCGAAAUAAAGGAGAAGAAGCCAGCUCAUCCCUGAUUGAUGGCCUCCGUGAGUUGGAUCCAUACUUUUCUGAAACCCUGCAUGUGAGCUGAGACGGAGCUUCAGCUAUGUCCACACAGGAAGCUUUGAAACUGAUGGUCACUGCCACACAUCAUAGCUAAGAAAAGAUUAUCUCAGGACCCGGCUGCUUGCCUGUGUUUUUUUUUUUUUGGGGGGGGGGUUGUCCUUUUUUUUGUUGCCCACAGAUGCUUGAAGUUGCUGAAUCUUACUGACUCGUGGUCGCUGGGCGCCAUGCCACUGCGAAUCACUUCCUGUGCGGAUGGCAUGUGACUGUAACAUCAUGAUGGCAGCUAAUAACUUCAAUGUAAACUACGUCAUGAAGGUUACCAGCAACACAAAGAUGCCGAAACACCAGAAUCUCUGCUUUACUCUGGCACCUCCUUCCUGAUGACAUCACCCAGGUUGUAAAAUACAGUGACCUCCAAUUGGUUGACGACCAACGUGUAUAUUUGAAUGUUGAAAUUUAAAGUGCAUCAGUUUCUUAAAAGUAACUGAAUACCCUGGAAACGCCUUACAUCGUUCAGAUAUUUGAACUGUCGUUUGUGAAAACUUGUAUUAUAUAAAAUAUAAGUAGUUACAUUUCUACUUUUAUAUUGAUUUAUUGAUUUGAUGAUGGGGUUUUAUUUUUCUGCUUCACUUUUAGUAAAUAAAUCUAAAUUAUGGUGAGAAGCAUGGCAGCCAAACUUGUGCUCUGACAUGUUGACCAAGUUCAGAUUCACCAAUGACUCCGCUGAACCGACUGGGCUUCAGGUUGUUAACAGUGAUGUUCAUUGAUGUUCACUGAGCAGAGGAAAGUUUAUUGUCUUCUGGCUUAGUUAAAAAACUGAAUGAAUUCUUGUAAAGUACUUUGAGAGAUCUGGGAGUUACAAGGAUGCCAAAAUUUUGGCUGGUAAAUCAAAUGAAAAUGACUCCAUGAACCAACAAACCCGCAGAGAGGAGAUGGUCCUGCUUCCACAAUGUGAGGCGAGUGCACAAGUGUGAACGUGGGCCUGAUAUUAGCACCAUGCUCUUCUCACACUGAUUGUUAUAACUCAAAAGUGUUAUUGGAAGUGGCUGAGGAUGCAUCAUUUUAACCACUUCUUAAUAAAUAUCGACUGCUGUAGGAGGUCUGCCCAAUCUUGAAAAGGUAUUACUAGGUCAUCCAUCUUCCAUCUGUCUUCUGUGGUACGUGCCUCAGCUCUCUCAAACUAAAAGUUAUCCUUUUUUUCUUCAAAGGACAGUUUUAUUCGCCUACAAACUUUUGAUCUCAUUGAACUAAAGUUAUGAAAAUGGCUUCUUUAGUUCUGAUGCAGUCAUUAGAUCAGACAAUAAAGACCAGCCGUAGUUUCCCACAUUCAGUACAGGGACGCUCAUAUCGGUGUUAGUGGACCGGACUCAGAUAAAACUGACAUUAUUGACCAGAAAAAGAGAGCAGAUUUCUCCUAUAUUGGCUUCCCUUCAUUGGCUCCCUAUUAAAUCGAGAAAUCUCUACUUUUAAGAUUAGGCUUCAAACUUUCCAUUUUUCUAAAGCAUAUAG